AUGAGCUUUUUAGCGGUUUUCAUCUAUGCAAUUUUCUAUUGUGAAGGCCAAAUGAUUGUUGACAUAAUUUACAGCCCUUUCACAAGCCAAGAUUUUGCUUUAAAUUUGACAUCUCUUCUUCAGCUAAAUUUUCAAGGAAUAAUUGAUUUUAACCUCGUGUACAUAGAAAGCUCUAGGGAGGUUCAGCAACUUAUAAAUAGCCCGGAUGUAAUAAUAGACCUUAGUUUUAGCACAAUAUUAUCAGAGAUAAUAAAAGAACUUGCUGAAGAAAAGCAUUUUAUAAUAGCAAGCAUUAAUAAGCCUCAUGGCAUCUAUUCUAACUGAGAAUUUUUUGUGCAUUGCUCAUGAGAAAAUCAGCUCGAAGCUUUAUCAAGUAUUAUUUCUUAUUUAAACUGGGAAACUUUUAUAAUAAUUUCUGACGAAAUUCACAAUGAAGGAAAUAAGAUUUGCAAUAUUUUUUCUUAUAAAAAUUUUCACCUAUCAAUUUUCUCAAAUAGCAAUAACAAAAAUUCAGCAGAUUUAUUUAUAGGAAAAGUAGUCAAAGCUAGUGGGAUUAAAAAUAUUGUGAUUUUAAAUAAUGGAGAAAGCGCUAAAUUACUGCUAAAAAGUUUAGAAGAUAGAGAUUUACUUAUAAAUGGGACUGGAAUUAUAGUAGGAAGUGAAGGCUCUUAUGGGUUAUAUGGUAAUGGGAUUAUUGGGAUCUCAGAAUCCGAACAGGAAUUUGCGGAUAGCUAUUACAGUUAUGAAGGAUUGGCAAUUAUUAAAUUUUUGAAGUUGGUGCUUAGUUUUCCUUCUGAAUCUGACUCAUUAAACUUACUUGAAUUUUUAAAUAAAAAUACAGUUGGCCAUCGCCCGUUAUCCAAUUUUACUGUAAUUAAUACCAAAAAUAGCCAAAAAUUUAUAUCAGGAAAUAUUUUUAAUGGGAAUUUAACUUUUUCAAGCUCCCUGAUUUUUCCAGGAAAUUCUUCAAUAAUUCCAAACUCUCCGAUUACUGAUGUCAACAUAUGGAUCGCAAACGGGACCACAAAUCCGGGUUCUACCCCUGCAGUUAUACCAUCAACAUCAGCAGCAGGGGAAUUUUAUGCUCUAAACUAUUGGCAAAGCUUACAUGCUUUAGAUGGUUUCGAAAUAGGCUCCAUGCCAAAUGGAUUUUUUGACAGUGUGCAUUUCAUCGUCGAAAAUUAACGGGUUUUUUUCGAUUAAAUGUCUCACUAUCAAAAAGCUUCAACCAAUUUCGGCCAAAAAUACUUCGUGAAAUGGACACUAUCAAAAAAGGCUAUGACAUUGGACCCACCCUUCGAAAUAACAUCCACGAACACUGAUUGUGGAGUUUCAGUUUACGAUGAAGAGUAUGGGGUUUCCUGUUUUUCUCAAUUAUUAGUUACUCCUGGAGUAGGUUUUUUAACUUCUAAUUAUCCAUCAAUCAGUAUCUUAAAUUAACUUAGCAUAUUAAUAGAUAGGUUCUCGCCCUAGUUUUAACAAAAUCACAGAGUAUUUCCAAUUUAAACGCUUUGCGACAGUCCUCUAAUCAGAGACGGUGUCUCCUCCUUGCCUUUCAGCUCCAGUAUUGAGUGGAUAGUCUUCAGAUUCGUGCGGCCUUACUCUAAGCUGAUGAGUAGAGAAGCAAGUCUUGUUCACACGUAAAUCCUGGUUUCACGCUGAUGAAGUGACCAAUCGGUCUAGGAAUUGCCUGUUAGGCGUUGCAGGACAACCCUUUCCACUUCGUGCCACCUUUCCCUUUAGGUAAAAUCCAUCCUUGAAAGUGGACUUGGGCUAGGCUCUGAUACUUCAAGAAUUGCUUACCUAGAAUUUCUCUCCAUUUCUGGGAUGGCAAAAUCUUACAGGAUAUAUUUAAAUAUAUGUUAAAAGGAAGUCAGCAUAGCUGGCUGCGAGCGUGAGACAUCAAAUUUAAUUAUACAUCAAUCAGUAUCAGCUAUAUCUAUACAUUGAGAUCUUUAAAUGUCUCGAUACCUAAUAUAUCUCCAUAUGCUCCUUCUGUCCUUUCAGGGAAUCAAGCUCUUUUUCCCGAAUUUAUGACAGUGGCGUCAGAUAUAAGAUUCAAUAUUCAACUAAUUCUAAAUCUCGCAGUAAUUUUUGGAUGAAAAAAUUUUAUUGUAUUUUUUUGAUCAUAGGAUUAAGCAACUGCACCCUAACUUUAUUGGGCUAACUACCCUUUUGUGGUAUCCCUAGUUCUAAAAGGGGCGAAUUAAGGUCGGGGAAAUGGAUGCCAUGAUAACCAGCAAGAUAAAAACCACCAGAACCUUUUUCUCCCAAUCAUUACUUUAUUUCAGACCCCAAGCAUAGUCAAUAUGGUUUGUGAUUUUCCAUUUUAUUUAAAAAAAAUUCUCUUGUCAUUUACAAUAAAAGAAAUAUAGAAAAUUACAAUUACUUUGUAUCGAAAAUAGAACAAUUUGAUAUGAAAAUCGUUAACAGCCCUGAUCUUCAAAUGAUAGAUUCAAAUUAUACAGUAAAGGAUUUUCCAAAAUGGGAAAAUUGGUUCUCAAGUAUUAUAAGUUUAAAGGUCAGGCUUUAUGUUAUUUUUCUGACUCCUCCAUACUGGUUUGACGUAAUUGAAAGCUUUUAUGAUGCAGGAUUAAGGAGAGGUGAUGCAAUUUUUUUAUCAAAUAUAAGAAUGGCUUAUAUGCUUAUAUGGGAAAGUAUUGAGGACCAAAGAAAAAUUAAUGAACUGUUUUAUGGAGGAGUUAUAGUUGCCCAGGCUGAAUGGAUUGGAGAAUAUGCGAAAACGAUAAAAAGUGGCAUGAAAAAAAUAUAUGGAAAUGACACAAAUUAUGGAUGUUUUGCAUUUGAUGCAGCAAUGCUACUUUUAUACGGGAUAGAAUUUACUAUAAAACAUGGACAAGACCUCAAGAACUCUGAAAUUUUAAAUGAAAAUCUAAGAAAACAGAAAUUUACGGGGUGCUCUGGGACUGUAUCAAUAGAACAAGGAAGCAAUCAGAGAAGCUUGCCGACUAUUGGAGUUUUUAGCUUAAGUUGAGAUGAGGACUCCGGAUUAUUAUAUGAAAAGAUUGUAGGAGAAUAUGAUAUUUAUAGCGUACAAUUGAUUACUUUAUAUGAAAGUAUAAUUUGAUAUGAUAAUUCUACAGUAGCACCUAAUGAUUUGAUAUUAUAUGAAAAUGGCUGCCCAUUCCCACAAAAACAGAUUUCACGUUCUGAAAAAGGCAGCAACGCAUUAUAUGGAAUUAUGGGAUUCGUAAUAGCUAUGACGAUUGUUGAAUCUUUGAUAAUAUGAAAAAAAUUUUGGAAAAAUGUAAUGAUAACUCCCUGUCCGUAUCCAAGCAAAAAUUGCUGUUAAUCCAUAUACACCUUGCUAUAAUUGUGUGAGGCCUCUGGCAUGUAGAGAUAUUCUUCAUAUUCCAGAAAUAUUUUCCAUAUGUGAAGCUAUUAUAUCUCUCACCUUUCACAUACCAGAGGCCUCCCACAAUUAUAGCAAGGCGUUAUAUAUUUACAAGAAUUUUUAAUAAUAAAAAUUUUUAUAAUUUUAAAUUUUUUAAAAAAAAAUUAGUCUCUAUAACAAGAAAUUUUGCAUCUCAAAGGAAUUGGGGGGGAAGCAAAUUAACAGCUCCUUCAUAUGUGCAUUUUGAAGAUUAUAUAUCAAUGGGGAUUUUAGUUAUAGAUUUUUUCCAAUUUCUUUCUCAAGGCCCGGAUAUUAGCAAAUUAUAUCCAUGGUUGUCCAUAGUAUGCACAUAUUCGCUAUAGGGCUUUCCCUUGAAUUGCUCGAUAACGGGAUGAAGCCAGCCCGUUAUAGGGCUAUUCAAGGGAAAGCCCUAUAAUUCAUUUUGACUCUAAUGUAACAGGAGAUAUUUACUGAGGCUAUUUAUAUGCUGCUAUCGCUAUCUCUUGCUACUGAGUUGCUACAGCUAUUUUAUUGGUUUGUAGACUAAAUAAGUUCACUAGGGAAUUGUUUAGUCACGCUAUAAAUCUUGCUUUGCUAUUACUUCCUAUAAUUGGAAAUUUUAUAUUUAUAAUUAUGGUUUCAGUGCUUUUAAGUAUUUUUCAAUGCGAUAAAGGAAUUGGUCCGAAAAUCACCGAUUCUUUUAUAGAAAAUGAUUGUACAGUCAAUUGUUGGGAUAAAAAAUUUUUCCUAUGAGGGAUUUUAGCAAUUUUCUCUUUGCUUACUUAUAUUCCUCUACUCUUCCCCCCUUUAAAUUAAAACAAAAAUAUCCCAAUUCAAAGAUUUAGAUUUUUUUGAAAAAUUAAAUUAAUAUUUUUCUUAUUAAAUAAAUUAUAAUUUUCAUAAAAUAUAAUUUAUUUUAUCGAUUUUGUUUAACGGCAUUAAGUUGGAUAUCAAAAAGCCUCUUGUAUAUAAAUUAUUAUUUUUAUGUAUAAAUAUUAAAGUUUUAGUUCUUUUUAAAGGUUACCUUAAAAUGUAAUUUCACUGAUAUUUUGUUCCAUUUUAAAAUGGAGAGUUAGCUAUUUUUUCCCGAUAUAUAUAUGAAAAUAUCAAUAGCCACAUAAAUAUAAAAACACAGCCGAUUUUUAUUAUUGAAAAAACAGUUUUUCAAGUCAUUAUUGUAUGUAUGAAUAAAACCAUAAAAGUUUACGACGAGUCCUUGCAUGGGUUUUGCUGCCUUUUCAUUUUUAUUAUAUUUAUUUAUAUUUGCCUAAAGCAAAGGCCUUAUAAUUAUCACCGAAUGAAUCUUUGGUUGAUUAUUUCUUAUAUAGCAAUUUUAUGAAGUUUUAUUAUUUCAUUAGCUUAUAGAAUGUUGAAUGUUGACUCAGGGAUACUGUGAAUGAUGCUUAAUUUAGUUUGGCUUAUUUUAAUAGUAGUUGGGAUUACAAUUCAAUGUAAAUGGUGUGCAGGAUUAUUGAUUUCUGAUAAAAAAAUAGAUAUCAAAUUUUUUUUCAAAUUUGAAAUGAGCAGAAAUGUUACAGCUGAUGAUAUAAAUAGAAUGAAAAAAGAAAUUGCAGAUAAGAGCUAUUCGCUGAAGGAAAAAUCUACCUUUGUUUAA